CAGGAAUGCUACGGGAGGCUGGACUCCAGCAGGAAUGAGCAGCAGCUUCCCAUCUUUAUUCAUCCAAAAGCUCAUAUUUUGCUGUGAUCAUGCUGUUAAUCUUUCCAAUCAGAUGUUGCGAGUGAUUUAAAGCAAUUAAAACUGCUAACUGGACAUAUCUGGGCUUCUUGCCUUCAUAAUUACUUCACAGGAGCACUGAGUCUGUUUUGUUUUGUCCAAAUCAGGAAACAAGCAUCUGUUUUCCCAGGCCAUCAGAACCAGAUGAUACUGUUAGAGAAAACCCACAAGAAAGGAGGGAUCAAGGAAACGAGGGAUUUCAGUUGAACAGAGUCAGUAUUUGUGUGUGAGACAGAGACACUGAGAGCUGCAGACUGGGGAAUCCUCAGAAGACCGACACUGUAGCAGAUUAACGAGGCGAGGAUCUGUGAUCGAUCUGCAGAGCUGCAGGAACAAUCAUGUUGGAUGUCCUCAUCCUGCUCCUGUCCCUCUCCUCCACUGUGGUUCUAGUACCUCCUCCCAGUAUCACCCCUGCACCCUGCAGACAAUGUUGUGACCACCUGGGGGCAGAGGAGAGCAGCAGAGACCAGGCAGAGCUCAGCUAUGUCCCAGAGGUCCGCACCUACAUCAAUAUGACCAUACUGAAAGGUGACAAAGGAGAUCGUGGGGACAGAGGGACUCCAGGUAAAGCUGGAAUAGAAGGUCCUCCGGGGUCCCAGGGCCCCAUGGGGUCAAAGGGCAGUAAGGGUCAAGCAGGUCUCCCAGGAGACCCCUGUAAAGUCCAACACUCUGCCUUCUCUGUGGCCCGUCGUAAAUCCCUCCACAGCAGCGAAGCCUACCAGGCGCUGAUUUUCGACACCGUCUUCGUCAAUCUGGGCGACCACUUCAACAUGUUUGAGGGUCGGUUCUUCUGCCGGAUCCCAGGGGUCUACUUCUUCAACGUCAACAUUCACACGUGGAACUUCAAGGAAACGUACCUCCACAUCAUGCAGAACGACAGUGAGCGGGCCAUUGUGUACGCCCAGCCCAGCGAUCGCUCCAUUAUGCAGAGUCAGAGCCUGAUGCUGGAGCUGCAUCUGGACGACCAGGUGUGGAUCCGCUUGUACAAGAGGGAGAGGGAGAACGCCAUUUACAGCGACGACGUGGAUGUCUACAUCACCUUCAAUGGAUACCUCAUCAAACCCUCAGAGGAAUAAGGAGGAAAUCACC